AUCCUCAACGCACAUCACUACCUCAGGAUCAUCACCUUUCUUCCCAACAUCAUUAGCCUCCCUAAACAAAAACCGCUACAAUGCAGUUCUCGACUCUCUUUACCUGCUUGGUUGCUGCCGUCAGCAUCAACGCCGCUCCUACCUCCAUCAGCAAGCGUCGCUCCGACAUUCCCCUCUUGUUCUACUCUGGCGACAAGUGCAACACUGCCAUUUCCAAGGGCGUCACAACUAUAUACCUCCCCACGGACGGCAAGUGCUUCGGCACCUCCCCCAUCUUCAGCGGAAACACAGAUUCUGCCAUCAUUGACAAGUCGGUCGUAAGCUCGCUACCUACGGGUUGCUCCAUCGUUCUGUACACCGACAACCUUUGCACAAGCACGAAGACGAUUACCAUCACUUCUACCACCAAGUGCAACACCUUUGGCGCUGGUGUGCCUAUCUUUGGUGCCAAGACGGUGGGCAACUGCACUUAAACGGUCACGGGCUUGCAUGAGAGGUUGGAAUGAUGGAAGUGUCCGCUCGAAAGCCAACUCUAAAGCGAAGACGACGUCCGAGCCCAACAUUCCGACGAUGAUGACAUGCCAAAAACUCCAACGAUGACGAGAUGCCGAAAAAAAGUGUAAUGAUCAUGACUUGCGUGGGCUCCCCACAAAAAAGAUCGCCCACGUACUGAAUAAAAAUCUAAUUAUAAUACAAUAACGUCUCUUGUAUCAA